GGUCACGCUGCUGCUUGGCGGCCAUUUUUCUUGAAGCACCGCGGACCGGGCUCUCCUGGAGACGCUCCAGUCGCGAGGGACGACAGCAGGGCCGGCAGCGAGUAGCCUGCAGCAUUUUCUGGUCGUCGCGAUGAGUUUGCCCCUCAAUCCCAAACCUUUCCUCAAUGGAUUAACAGGAAAGCCAGUAAUGGUGAAACUUAAGUGGGGAAUGGAGUACAAAGGCUACCUGGUAUCUGUAGAUGGCUAUAUGAACAUGCAGCUUGCAAACACAGAAGAAUACAUAGAUGGAGCCUUGUCUGGACACCUGGGUGAAGUUUUAAUAAGGUGUAAUAAUGUCCUUUAUAUCAGGGGUGUUGAAGAAGAGGAGGAAGAUGGAGAAAUGAGAGAGUAGCAUCUUUUGUGGGGGAUUUUUUUUUUUAUAUAUAUUUCUAGACAAUAAAAAUUUGUUUUUUCAACUUGA